CACAGGAACCCUCCGUCCUUUACUCUAGCUAGUAAGCUUAUCACCAUAUCACCAUGAACACCAGUACCAGUAACGACAACCAAGACGUCCGCAAAGCACUGCAGCAUGCCGUCCAGACAAUAUGUGCCAAAGUGGAAGAAGAAGAGGACGAACAAGCCGAAGAGGAUGACUGUCACAAGAUGGGCGCCAUGACACCCUCUGCCAUUUUGGCACUCACCGAGUUGACCUAUCAGUUUGCCACGACGGCAUUGGCGAACGAUUUGUCGGCAUUUUCCUCCCAUGCCAAUCGCAAGACCAUUACCGUCGAAGACGUCCUGUUGGUCGUACGCAAAAAUCCGAGUAUACAACAAAAACUACAGCAAUUUUGUGAGGAACAACAAAAGAAACAACCACAACGAAAAAAGAAACAAGCCAGGCCCAAAAAGGAUGUUGAGGUUGACAGCAGUAGCAGUGACAAUGAGAGCGACAAGGAAGAUUUCUCGGAAAAUAUGCUUGUGGAUACAGACACUGAGAAGUCACCACCAGCCAAGGCAAUUGGCAAUUUCAAAAAGAGAGCCCGUCCCAUUGCCAAAAAACCAUUGGCUAUUAGAGAUGAUGAUGAUAGUUCCUCCGCCUCUUCCUCGGGGAAUGGAUCAACACCAAAGACCAAAAAGUCCAAUUAUUUUCAAACAAAACAGCAGCAAACUGCCAUUGAUAUAGAGGAUUCGAGUACCGAAGAAGAAGAAGAGGAAGAAAGCCCGGAAAAGAAAUCAGAAAUAUGCGCACUAUUGGAAACAACCAUAACCAUGGCAUCGCCAGACGAUGAUGACGAUGACAGUUACUGAGGUCGCUGGGGCUCAGGUGAAGCUUUCGUCAAAAUGGGAGACUCAAUGCUAUUUCUGGCAAAGGAGAAAAUGCAAUCUGCAAGUUUGUUUUUGGCAUUCUUUCCAAAACAAAUCUCCGCAUGGUUCAGUGAGCACCUGAUCCCACAAAAGUGGCAACAGGUGGAUGCCACAAUACUCCUUCUACCCUUUUGGAUGUUGCCCUUUUCGGUGAUCAGACACAAUCAACACACCUAUAGCUAGCCAAAUGUAGGCAUUGUGACACCACGCAGGGGCGGUGUAGCACCUUUGGGUUUUCCGUUCAGCCGCGGCCUGGUGAUUCGACGUCUUCUCCUUCUAGUGCAGCCAGCGGGAUGAUACAAUACAAAGCAAUAGACUUGGAGGGAGACAGCUUUCGCGUCCUCAUUCUUCUCGAACACAAAGCCUGCAAAAGAGAUUGUGGCGCUAAUCUCAUGAUGGACUCCUUGGAGGCGUCUCUAGAGUGCAACAAUCAUCGGGGUCAAGAUAGCAAAAUUACAGCAGCUAGGAGGAACAUCAAUGGCACUAGCGAAUGGGGAGAACCGGCAUGCAGUUGACGCCCAAACAUCUCCACACGAAGAUAAUGAGCGAACACUGCCCUCGGAACUGCAGCGAGACCACAGUUCCUGAAUCACUUUGCCACUUGGACAGGACAUGCAUUAGGAGUGGGUUGGGUGGAUGUAGAGAACCUGAUGGCCUAAAAUUGAUUGCACUGAAGCGUUGCGUGGAUGUUGUUCGAAACGGAACUGGAAGCUUUACUUUGCCAAGGGAUUGUGCUUGUACUUGUCGCGAAGCAUAACUCUAAUAUCUACGAUAUAUAAGUAUGUUUUUUCCACACGC